AGGCGUUGUUAUCAUCAAUUUGACAAAAACGAGAGCGUCGUUCAGUCGGUUCAGUGGCGGUAGGUGUUAAAUGUGUACAUACGUGUGCUAAGCAUUUUCUGGCACUGUGAUCCUGUGAUGUCUGAGGAAGAAAUGACAACAGACCACGGCCUGCUGGCUAGAGCAACCGCUCUGGAGCAAGAAGUGCAAGAACUGCGGCAAACGCCCGCACCGAUGCCGUCGGACGCCGAUUACGACAGCCGCUUUUUGAAUGUAUACCGGGAACUGACCGCGGGCAGAGUUCCCCACGCCAUACCAAAACCGCUGCUAAAGGACAAGGUCCUGCAGAGUUUGAGAAAUGAACAGGAAAGCCUGAAACGCACUCUCGCUGUGUACACCUGCCGCGUUAAAGCCGCCGAGGAGGAGAUCGCCGACUUGGAGGACCACAAUAAAGUCGUGGCCGGUGCAAAAAACGGAGCGUCGCCCGUACCGAGUGACUACCGCGCCGUGAAAACGUUGACCAGCACGCGAAAAAAGCAAAUUGCCGAGUACCUCCACAACUUCUACCCGAAGCCUCAUGAAAUUGCACACACUGCUGCACACAGCUAUCUCACGCUGAACGAGAUUUUGGACAGGCUACUGGACGCCAGCGUCAAUCCACCAGAGGCACGAUACAUCAGACUGGGACCGGAGUUUUGGCCGCCAGAUGUACAAGUGCUUCUGAAUAUGAACUUGGUUGAGCGAGACCCUGACAGGAGUGACCAUGUCAGGUUGCAGGACUGCGGUUGAGCUUUGCUUCUAAAUGUGACUGUCCCCAAAAAAGUGUUAUUGGCUUUGUAAGCCUUUGUUGUCAGUGUGGGAUUAUGUAGCGACUAAGAGCAUAUGAUGACGUAUGCCUUAGUGGAAAUAUAUGUGCUUCUUGAAAACAAGCAUCAUGCAGGCAGCAGCUGUGAAUAUUGCAAGAUUUCUUUUAGUGCCAGUUACCUUUGCAAUAGCUUAACAGAAGGUCAUCAUGUUGUGCAUGAAAUCAAUUCGCUGACACUAUUGCAGACACUUUCUUACCUAGCUUCCAGCCAAAGCGUUUGCUAAUCACGUGGUCUGUACGCUGUGCGAUAUCCUUGUGCAGUAGUUCACAAAGCUUUCACUGCUUCCACGGCUGUUCAACAUUAAAGGGGCACUUAAAUACUUUUCUAGCUAAUCAUAGAAUGACCUCACUUAGAAGUCGUCUCGCCAAUGUCGUGCCACAAAAAUUUUUGGAAUCCUCCAACUGUAAGUGGAGUUAUUGCACUGAUACCCGGCUUUCUUGCUGUCUUCGUCUCUGCUAAAUUAAGUUUAAAUUAUGGGGUUUUAUGUGCCAAAACUACUUUCUGAUUAUGAGGCACGCCGUAAUGGAGGAUUCUGGAAAUUUUCACCACCUGGGGUUCUUUAAUGUGCACCUAAAUCUAAGCACGCAGGUGUUUUUGCAUUUCGCCCCCAUCGAAAUGCGGCCGCCGUGGCUGGGAUUCGAUCCCGCGACCUCGUACUCAGCAGCCCAACAGCAUAGCCACUGAGCAACCACGGCGGGUUUCGUCUCCGCUAGCGCGCUGGAAACUAGACAGCGGAGAAGACAAGAGGACAAAGCCCCGGCCAGGAGUUGAACGUCGUGGUGGUGAAAGGACUCGUUUGGCGGCAGUGGUAGACUACGCUACGCGCUAGCAAAACACGCUGAUCCUGACUGAAUUGAUAAGCAGAAAGCUUGGAUAGCUUGGAAUACAUUUAUCCCCGCUUGUAGAACAAGCUCAUGCCGUUUGGACAUAGCUCAUAGCUCUGUCACAUGAGCAUGCAAAAACUCUUUUACACAAGUGGUCUUUUACCAACUUGAAAGACUUUAAUGAAGAGGCAUUGCACAUCAGACACGUGGCACCGACAGUAUCUUUUUAGUGUUUCCUCCUGGACACGCUACCGAAAGCGUGGUGCUGGCAUUCAAAACAAAACCGGGCAAAUUAAAGUGAUCUAUCUCGAAAUAUAAGUGAAAGGUUGUUGUAUUGCACAUUUUUCAAAUAAGCUUAACAAUGCCAGAUUAGGAAACAUUACAGCGAAGAUUUA